AUGUCCGACAUGGAUUUAAUGUUCAAACCUAUAGUGCUCGUUACUGGGUUUGGACCAUUUUUAAAUCAUCCAUUGAACGCUAGUUGGGAAGCUGUGAAGUUAAUGAAUAAAGAAUCUAUUGAGAAGAAACAUAACGUGGAACUGGUACAGUUAGAAAUUCCGGUAACCUACGAAAAUGUUGACGAGUUUGUGCCUGCUCUUUGGGAUACCCACGAACCUAAAUUAAUGAUCCACGUAGGUGUGUCAGGCAUAGCCGAGUCCAUCACUCUGGAAUGCCAGGCUCAUAGGAAGGGAUAUCAAAGACUCGACUACUUCGACAAAUGUCCACCGAAUCAUGCGUGCCCAGCUACGGGAGCACUUCGCAUCAAGACUAGAUUGGAUGUGGAAAAAAUUUGUCAAGAAUUCAAUGAUGGCUGUCCGCCGGAAACAAAUGCUAUAGUCUCCCUCGAUGCUGGGAGAUACCUGUGUGAGUAUAUCUACUACACAUCACUAAGUGUCGACAAUACCAGAACACUGUUUGUGCAUGUUCCUGAUGUGAAUAAGUAUUCAUCGGAACAGACGGCCCGAGCGUUGGAAGUUAUUCUAGACCUUUGUAUGAAACAGAUAACAGCCAUGGAUGCUGCCGAUACAGUAACCGAGAACUUACAAAGUAAAUGUCAAGUGUGA